CUUUGGCUCUUUAUUGAAACUUUUUGAUCAGUUCGAGUUCGAAAAGCAUCGAAGUUGCGGCUUUGUUUGGUUUGAAUUUUGCAUUCUUAGCUUUUUGAAUUUGAAAGUAGCCAGACUGCUCGAGCUUCGUGGUGAGUGAGUGAGUGAGUAAACGAGUAUCUGACUCAGCGUUUGUGCGUUAGAGUAUUUUGGUUUAUUGUGGUUUUUGGUAACCUCUGUUUGGACGGCGAGAAAAGAGUGGAGGAAAUUUUAAUGAAAGACAUGAAAGUAUUAAAAUUCAUAUGGAUCGACUCAAAUCAGGUUGCUUUUUUCAUACUUGCGGGGGCUUUGUGUCAGCUUAAAGAUUCAAGUUAAAGGAUUUGAAGGAAAGUUGAAAGCUUAAAAAUCGAACCUUUCGGUUUACAUUAUAUCAGUUUCAGGACUUUCUUCUCAUCAUAGGGAAUUGUUUCAAGUUUCAAGUACAAUGGCGCUUCCCGUAGACUCUGUUUUGUCGAAAUCGGAGGCAAUAAUAGGAUCCCAUCACUCAUCAGUGGAAUCGAUAAACCUUUUCGUGGCACUUCUCUGCGCCUGUAUUAUAAUUGGCCAUCUAGUAGAGAAGAGUCGGUGGAUGAACGAGUCCAUUACAGCCCUCGCUAUUGUUUAUGGCGAAUUAAUGCAGGGUCUAUGCACUGGGGUUGUUAUUUUGCUUACAACUGGAGGAAAGAGCUCACGUCUUUUCGUGUUUAGUGAAGAUUUAUUCUUUAUUUAUCUUCUUCCACCUAUUAUUUUUAAUGCCGGGUUCCAAGUGAAGAAGAAGCAAUUUUUCCGCAACUUCAUGACUAUCGUUCUUUUUGGUGCAGUUGGUACCCUGAUAUCCACUGGUGUCAUAUCAAUAGGUGCUAUGCACUUCUUCAAGAAAAUGAACAUCGGUUCCCUUGAUAUAGGAGACUAUCUUGCUAUUGGAGUAAUAUUCUCUGCCACAGAUUCUGUUUGUACCUUACAGGUGCUUGAUCAGGAUGAAACACCUUCGCUAUACAGUCUGGUUUUUGGAGAGGGUGUGGUAAAUGAUGCCACAUCGGUGGUGCUUUUCAAUGCAAUCCAGAGCUUUGAUCUCUCCCAUAUAAAUUCAAGUGUUGCUAUGCAAUUUUUUGGGAACUUUCUAUAUCUGUUUAUCUCAAGCACCAUUUUGGGUGUUUUAGCUGGACUACUCAGUGCAUAUAUUAUUAAGAAGCUUUACUUUGGCAGGCACUCUACUGACCGGGAGGUUGCUCUAAUGAUUCUCAUGGCUUACCUUUCAUAUAUACUGGCUGAUCUAUUUGAUUUAAGUGCCAUUCUCACUGUAUUCUUUUGUGGGAUUGUUAUGUCUCACUAUACAAGGCAUAAUGUGACUGAAAGCUCAAGAGUGACAACUAAGCAUGCUUUUGCCACGUUGUCAUUUGUUGCUGAGAUCUUCAUUUUCCUUUAUGUUGGAAUGGAUGCCUUGGACAUUGAGAAAUGGAAGUUUGUAAGCCAUAGCCCUGGAACAUCAGUUGGUGUGAGUGCAGUUCUUUUGGGAUUGGUUCUGGUUGGGAGAGCAGCCUUUGUUUUCCCCUUGUUCUUUCUAUCCAACUUGAUCAAGAAGUCUUCCCAUAAGAAAAUUAACAUAAAGCAACAGGUAACAAUUUGGUGGGCGGGUCUUAUGCGUGGUGCUGUUUCGAUGGCUCUUGCUUAUGAUCAGUUUACUAAUUCAGGCUAUACACAAUUGCGUGGGAGUGCAAUAAUGAUCACCAGUACCAUCACAGUUGUCCUUUUCAGCACAGUGGUGUUCGGGUUGAUAACAAAACCACUAGUGAGGAUCUUGCUUCCAUCUCCAAAACACACUUCCAGCAUGUUGUCUUCCGAACCUUCUAGUCCUAAAUCCUUAAUUGUGCCACUUCUCAAUGAGCAAGAUUUAGAGGAUGACAAAGGCAGCUACAAUGUUGUCCACCCAACCAGUUUAAGGAUGCUCUUGUGCACCCCUUCUCGCACUGUCCACCAUUAUUGGCGACAAUUCGAUGAUGCCUUCAUGCGGCCUGUUUUUGGCGGCCGGGGUUUUGUACCUUUUAUACCUGGCUCCCCAGCUGAGGAAAGUCUUCUCUAAUCGGUGCAGUGAGGACUGGAAAAAUUUCCAGUGACUGUAUGACUACUAAUUUACAUGGGUCGAUCGUGAAAUCGGCUUUCAUUCAGUGUGAAGAGAUUUCAGAGUGAGGUCGUGACGCCAUUUUUAUAGUCAACACUGGCAGCUUUUAGCUUGCUUCAAUUUUGGUGAUUUUUUUUCUUGUUCAUAGGGUUUGUCCAAUGAUGUUGUGUUCCAGAUACUGGAUUUUGUAAAAUGCCCCCUUAUUAUUUGUUCACAUUUUGUUUGACGCCAUGA